AUGUCAUGCGACGAGAUCCCCAUGGAUAUUCUCUUCUCAGAGAGUGGCGAGUCAUGCUCUACCGCACCCACCAGCCCGAGCGCAAGUCCGUUGUUUCGUCCCUCGGACAUUGAUGAUCUUAAGCUCGCGUUGCCUGAGUCAACUCCACCCACCGAGGAACACGAGCAAGUCCAGCCGGUCAAGAAUGUGUGUGUGGUGGGCGCAGGUUAUGUUGGAGGACCAACGGCCGCUAUCCUGGCCCUCCACAACCCCGCAGUGACUGUAGAAGUGUUGGAUCGGGACCCACAGCGCAUCAAGCAAUGGAAAUCACCACAUCUUCCUGUCCACGAACCGGGACUAGACCACCUGGUGAGAGUGGUUCGUGAUGGCGUGGAGAGUGAUGAGAGUGACAUUCCUCGGCGCCAGCGAAAUCUGUAUUUCACCAGUGAUUCUGCACGGGUGAUCGCCAAAGCGGAUAUCAUUUUCAUGGCAGUCAAUACGCCCACAAAAAUGUUUGGGGUAGGAGCUGGCUGUGCAACCAACAUGGCUGCGUUUGACGGUGCUAUGCGGGAUGUCGCAGCUCAUGCAAAACCCGGCGCGAUCAUCGUAGAGAAGAGUACGGUUCCUGGAGGGACGGCAGACCGAGUGCGAAAAAUGCUUGCUGCUCACCGACCCGGAGCUUCUUUUGAGGUGCUUUCAAACCCGGAGUUUCUCGCCGAAGGCACCGCCAUCAAGAAUCUCACGAGACCCGACCGUGUGUUGAUUGGAUCGGCUGCGACCUCUGCCGGCCGACAGGCUGCUCGCACCCUGGCAAACCUCUACAAAGCCUGGAUUCCAGCAGACCGGAUCUUGGAAACAAACACCUGGUCUUCCGAGCUCGCGAAGCUUGUUGCCAAUGCCAUGUUGGCUCAGCGGAUCAGCAGCAUCAACUCAGUCAGUGCAAUCUGUGAGCGAACCGGUGCGGACGUGGAUCAGGUGGCCAAGGCCAUUGGCAUGGAUGCGCGCAUUGGUUCACAAUUUCUCAAAGCGGGACUAGGCUUUGGAGGCUCCUGUUUCCGAAAGGACAUUGCGAGUCUCGCCUAUCUGGCAGAGUCCUUAGGCCUGGAUGACGUGGCCAUGUACUGGCGACAGGUCAAUAUCAUGAAUGAGCGACAGCGGGACCGAUUUGCCCGUAAGGUCAUUGAGCGAUUUGAAGGGAACUUGGUAGGUCACAAAUUGGCGAUUCUUGGGUUUGCCUUCAAGAAGAACACGGGCGACACUCGGGAGUCACUAGCAGUGGAGGUAAUUCGAUUGUUGCUGGAUGAGCGACCGGCCGAGAUUACCAUAUUUGACCCCUAUUGUCGCCAAGAAGAUAUCAUGCGGGAGCUAGGUCCAGGAGUUGCCGAGAUGGGGACCGUGAAGGUCCACAGUGACCCAUACUUGGCUUGUUCACAGGCCCACGCUAUCCUGGUGGUGACUGAUUGCGAUCAAUUUCGCAACACUCCGACCAAGAAAUCCAGCUGGAGCAUCUCGGAUCAGUCAACACACACGUCUUCCUCGGAUUGCAUGGACUUUCAGCCCACUUCCCAGUCUGGCACUAAUGAAACCAUUGAAUGGCCACGGAUUGCGUACAACAUGGUUGAGCCCAAAUGGGUAUUCGACGGACGGGGCCUGUUAGAUGUGGUGGAGUUGAAGAAAUUGGGAGUGCGAGUGGAUCGCGUGGGACGGCGUACAGAGCUCCACGUUUAA